AUGGGCCGCGCGAGCAAGCCCACCGAGGCCGAUGAAGCUCUCUCGAAGCAGAGCCUCAAGGCCGCAGUCUGGUACACGGUCACCAAGAUCGCCCAGGAGGAAGAGCUCUCGCUCCCGUUCGCAGCUUCGGAGCACUUUGUCGCCUCCCUCGCCGAAGUCGUCUUUCAGCAAGCUCUCACGCUCGGCAAGGACCUCGAGCGCUUCGCCAAGCACGCCGGGCGCUUGACGAUCAACGCCGACGACGUCAAGCUCGCCGCUCGCCGCAAUGAGCCUCUUUACGAGCUCCUGACGACCUCGGCUCAGCAGCACGGCCUCUCGCUCGCCGAGCUCAAGGCCGACACGACCUCGAGCAAGGCCAAGGGCGGCAAGCAGGUCAAGGCGCCGCGGCUCGCUGCGCCCAAGAAGGAGGUGGCGCGCGACGCCGAGACGAGCAAGGCCAAGGACAAGGGCAAGGAGAAGGAGAAGGGCAGCAAGGCGCAGAGCUCGGGCAAGGACAAGGCCAAGGCGAGCCGCAAGGGCAAGGAGAAGGCGCGCGACGUCGACGAGGACGACCUGAUCGAGGACGACAUCGACGAGCUCGAGCUCGAGGCGAGCGAGCCCGAGGUCGACCUCGACGUCGGCGGCGGCGGCUUCGUCAAGGCGUCGAUGCUCAAGGCGCCCAAGACCGAGCCGGGCAAGGGCGGCGCCAAGGCCAAGGGCAAAGGGCGGGCCGUCCUCGUCGACUCGGACGGAGACGACGAGGGCGACGACGAGACGCGCGACGACGAGGGGAGCGACGAGGUGGGAGGCAGCAGUGGGGACGAGAGCGAGGAGGUGGGCUCGAAGCGGCGCAAGGGCGGCAAGGGCGAGUCGAGGGUGAGCGGCAAGAAGCGCAGGACGUAGCUGGCGAGGCACGUGCAGCACGACGCUUUCUCUUUC